GACGGGGAUCUCGGCAGGCGGUGGCCAGACAAUCAGAGCCUUACAUUCGUUAAACAACAUAAUUUUCUCCGUUUUCCCUUGACACAUACUCCGAGUAACUCCCGAAAACAAAAUACAAAAACGUCCGCAGAACCGCCGAUUGAGAAACCCGCAUUACCUGCCAAGGUUUCUUUCAGUGCGUUUCGUCGAGUUGCGGUCGAGCUUUUAAAUUCAGAGGUUACAUUGAAAAUUGCUGUUUUCCAUUUUGUGUUCCUUGCUCGACCACCAACCCAAUCGAAUCUAAUCGGAGCGAGCGUCCAGCCCAGCGCCACUGAGCCAAGUGACCAGAUCUGGUCCGGAUCCUAACCGUGUUCAAAGGCGAUCCGUUUGCUCUCGGUUGUGAUGCAUGCAAAUGCCUAUCUGAGCUGCCGACUCCCCGAUUAGACAUUUUUUUUGUACGUUUGUAAGCUGCCGCCUGUUUUGAGAGCGGCGCCUCGGGGUCAUCAACGCGUGUUGUGCUCUAUACGUAUAUUUUUUAUAACAUCAUUGCUGAGAAGAAGGCUAUCCACUGUUUUCUAUCUGAGGACCUGAACCAAAGGACUCUCCUUCAGACGCAGUACGAUCUCCGACUGCCCGUCGAUAGCGAAGCGCGGCGGGCGAUUCGAGGCCACCAAGCUGAUUAGUGUGAUACAUAUUGUUCAUGUGUGUUUCAUAACCGUUUCAAACGUAUUGGAGACUUGGAGUAAAUAAAUAACAUGUCCGUGAGUCAAGUGACUAUGAUGCGUAAGGGCAACUCCGGUGAGCUGACCCGAAAGAGCAAUACCGUGGUGGUAUCGCUCCCACCCCUGGUAAAGAAAUCCAGCAAGAGUCGCUCGUUUCACUUCCGCUAUCUGGAGCUGUGCCGGGCCAAGAAUCUGACGCCAGUGCCGGAAAUCCGGAGCAAGUCGAAUGCGACCACCACUCUCCUGGAGCUGUGCGGCGACAAGCUGGCGGUCAGCGAUUGGCAGCUCCUGACCGAGGCGCUCCACUAUGACCUGGUGCUCCAGCAGCUGGUGGUGCGACUGCGCCGAACAUAUCCACAAACCAACAUCGAUCCCAUAGACACUGAGAAGCGGGCCCGACUCUUUCGCCAAAGACCGGUGAUCUAUACACGAUUCAUCUUCAACAGCCUGGUUCAGGCGAUUGCCAACUGCGUUUCAAGCAACAAGAAUCUGAGUGUUCUAAAGCUGGAGGGUCUGCCACUGCAGGAUGGCUACAUCGAGACCAUUGCCAAGUCACUGGCCGACAACGAAUGCCUCGAAACAGUGAGUUUUCGCAAGUCCAACAUUGGUGAUAAGGGCUGCGAGGUGGUCUGCAACACAGCCAAGUACCUGAAUCGCAUCGAGGUCUUCGAUCUCUCCGAGUGCGGACUCACAUCCAAGGGCGCCGAGCAUGUGGCCGAUAUGCUCAAGAUGCAAAAGAUCACUCGUUUCUCGGAGGGAUGGGAGAAGUCGCUGCGCUACCGCAGUGUGGAUGUGAACACAAUUGGUGGACUACGCACCGUCCUGCUGGCCGACAACCCGGCAAUCGGCGACGACGGCAUCCGGUGGAUCACCGAGGUCCUGAAGGAGGACGCCUGGAUAAAGAAAAUCGACAUGGAGGGGUGCGGCCUGACGGACAUUGGCGCCAAUCUGAUCCUCGAUUGCCUGGAGCUGAACACAGCCAUCACGGAGUUCAAUGUGCGAAACAACGAGGGCAUAAGCAAGUUCCUGCAGCGCAGCAUUCGCGACCACCUGGGUGGACCGCCCGAGGAGAAACAGGAGCCGGAGUACGACCUGAGUUGCGUCAACGGGCUGCAGAGUCUGCCCAAGAACAAGAAGGUCACCGUGUCCCAGCUGCUGGCCCACACCAAGGCUCUGGAGGAACAGCUCUCCUUCGAGCGGACGCUGCGCAAGAAGGCCGAGAAGCUGAACGAGAAACUCAGCCACCAGCUGAUGCGAUCCGAUUCCAACCACAACGUCCAGGAGAAGGUCGUGCAGGGAGCUUCCCAGACGAACGUUUCCAGGGAGUAUGUGGUGCGCAACGAGGUCAUGCCGGAAGUCGUCAAGGAUUCCCAGAGCUAUCGGCAAGCUCACUUCAACCGGCUGGUCAACAGCGCUGUCACCAGUACAGAGGUCAGUCCCCGCAGCGAGAUAGCCACUUUGCGCAAGGAGCAGCAGCUGCUACAGCAAGCCUCACACAUGCAGAUCAAGCACCCAUCCAUGGAGCAGCAGCUGAGGCAUCUCCGCGAGGUACAAGAGGAGGAGCAGGAGGAGGAUGAAGUGGAGGAGCUGGCGGAGGCCAGCCUUUCGGAGUCGGAACCAAUAAACGAGGAGGAGCAGUAUCAGCAGCAAAAGCAGGUACAACGCAAACAGCUCCAGGUGCGCAAGGUGCGCAGCGAGAUAAAGUAUGUUGAGAACAAUCCCAAGGAGGACAAGAACAAGAACCGGGAGUCAAAGUCGGAUCACGAGUUUGCCAACGAGCGCGAUUUCAAGCUGAAUCCUGCUGUGCAGUUCGAGACAGACAUUGGCGAUAGUUCUAUGAUGAAUCCUGGCCAGCGUUACGAGGUCGAGGGUGACACUAGCUAUGGUUAUAACUACAAUUACGAGCAAGAGCAGCCGGUGAAGCGGGGCUACGAGAAGGGCUAUACGGUGGGCGUGGGCGAUGGCUCCCACCGAAGGCAGAAACCCUCUACCCUGGUCGAGGCUUUGUCACAGAAACGUGGCGGCGGGGGCGCUGGCGAUGGUCAUGUGGCGCAGUUUGUCAGCUGCCUGGAGCGCAAGGCGAACGCUGGCAAACCGGCGAAAAAGCGCCUCAAACCCCGGCCUGAAGACAGUCCCCAGGUGCCACUCAACGAAAUGCAUAUGGAGUCGUACAUGUCCAGCUACGAGGAGAUCUCCUCCACCGAUGCCACGCUGGAGAACUCCGACUUUGAGGCAGAAACCACGGACUCCACGUUGCGGGCCAGUUCCAAGUACUCCUCCAUGCAGGUCUUUGUGCGGCACAAGCACUCCGAAUCCUUGUCGCUGGCGGACGAGUCCGGCGGCGGCGGUGGAGAUGGGGAUGCAGGUGGUGGUGGCGAUGCGCAAGAUGAAGAAGGCAAACUCAUCUCCCCGCGUGAAUUUUACCUGCAGCUCAAGAAGCAGCAGGAGCAGAGCUCCUAGGAGCCAGGACUUUAGGUUUCCCCACUCAAAAUCCCAGCAGCCGUUCGUAGUAGGUGCAGCGACACCUCUGCCGGCUCUUCCGAGGAGCAGUACCACCAUAAACCAGCCAACACGAUUCGAUGGGAUCCCCACUGGGAGCGCUAAAUUUCCAGUCGUACUCCCGGGCAGUACCAGUACAAAAUGGAACCUCCUCCUCUUUGCAAGUGUCCUGCCUUCUGCGAAUACAAGCUGCGCCAAAAAUGUACAAAAAUAUAAAUUGGUCUUACUGAUUGCCAUUAAAGGCUUAGCAUUUGUGUGCUCCCUGCGCGAA